AUGAAGUUCUUCAAGUACCUUACCGCGGCCUUGCUGCCAGUGACCGUGUUGGCCAUCCCUGCUGCGGAGCCCGAGCCCAAGGCCGCUGCUGUGGCUGCCCCGGCCACCAUCAGCGUGGAGGAGUACAACACUCUCGUGCAACGCCAACUCGAUCUGGGCGGUAUUAUUGGAGACUUGACCGAGGCUCUCGACGCCAUCAAGGAUCUCCUCUCGCCUCAGAGCUUGAACAACAUCAACACAGUCGUCACCAAGCUCGCAAACCUGCUCUCAGAUCCCACCACCGGCCAGAUCAAGAACUUGGUUCAGCUUGCUGCCGACCUUCUCGGUGGUGAGGCCAUUGGAAACCUGCUCGACCAGCUCCCGGGUCUCCUUAACGGGAUUGGCGGUCUUCUCACCGAGGAGACUCUCAACAAGCUCACCACGCUUCUGGACAAUGCUGCAAUCCUCCUGACCAAGGACUUUGCCGAGAACACCAGAGACCUUAUCAACGAUAUUGCACCGCUGGUGUCCGCUAUCGCCCAGGUUAUUUCGGCACUCCUAGGCGCGCUAUUUGGAUAG